GCAUAGUCGUCUUCUGUGCAUAGAAUGAGACCGCUCGUUCGGUAGAAGGAAGUGCUUUUAUUAUCGCUUAAAUUUUGGUGUACACGAGCGUUCAUCACCUCGUAUAAAACUGCGUAACCCCCGACACCGGCAGAGAGGGGUCGUUUGUACCUUUCCAGCAUUUCAACGCUAUACCUAAAGCUGUGGAAAAGCGGUUUUCUCUAUAUUGCCGGAGUAGCGUGGGUUAAGGUGGGCCUUGCCCGGAUAUCUGUCUGACAAGCGAACCAAAACCGAUCCGGUACCCACCUCAAGAUAACCAGCACGGUCACGCGCAUAGUUAGUCCUCUAAAGACUACGUUUGCAGACCGUUUGGACUUUAACACACUCCAAAUGGCAGAUAACCUAAGUGAAGCACUGAAGACGCUAAAGCUCUCGUCGGUAGACAGCGCUACAGACAGUACUGAAGGAUGCUUGGACUGUCUGCUCAAAGCCUUGGCCCAUAAUAAUGUCGAGACCAGUGAAAAGAUUCAGGAGAUGGGUGUUCUUACUAUAAUGCCUGGUCUGCUGUCUGCACAAAACUCAUCUACACCGAAAGUAGCCAACAUCAUUGCAGAAGUGGCCAAAAACGAGUUCAUGAGAAGCCCGUGUGUGGAAGCAGGUCUUAUUCCUCCUCUGGUUCAGCUGCUAAACUCUAAGGAUCAGGAAAUACUGCUCCAGACGGGCCGAGCCCUUGGAAACAUCUGCUACGACAGCCAUGAGGGCAGAAGUGCAGUUGACGCAGCGAGCGGUGCUCAGAUAGUUGCAGGGCACAUUAAGGCUCUGGCCGAAAGCACUGACCCGGCCACCGGGAAGCUCUUGACUGUCUUUUGUGGCAUGCUGAUGAACUAUAGCAAUGAUAAUGAUUCACUGCAGGCACAGCUGAUCACUAUGGGUGUGAUCCCAACACUGGUCAAACUACUAGGGGUUCAUUCCCAAAACACAGCGCUCACUGAGAUGUGCCUCAUUGCUUUUGGGAACCUUGCAGAGCUGGAGUCGAGUAAGGAGCAGUUUGCCUCGACGAAUAUCGCAGAGGAGCUUGUCCGACUGUUUCGUAAGCAGGUCGAACAUGAGAAAAAGGAGAUGAUCUUUGAGGUGUUGGCUCCUCUCGCAGAGAACGAUGCGAUUAAGCUUCAGCUGGUGGAGGCUGGUUUGGUGGAGUGUCUACUGGAGGUGGUCGCUCAGACUGUAAACAGUGAUCGAGAGGAAGAUGUGGCUCAACUCAAGACGGCCUCAGACCUCAUGGUGCUUCUCUUGUUGGGAGAUGAGUCCAUGCAGAAGCUGUUCGAGGGAGGGAAAGGCAGCGUUUUUCAAAGGGUUCUUUCAUGGGUGCCCUCCAACAACCAUCAGCUUCAGUUAGCUGGCGCCCUCGCCAUCGCUAACUUUGCCCGCAAUGAUGGGAACUGCAUCCACAUGGUAGAUACUGGUAUUGUACAGAAGCUUCUGGAACUGUUAGACAGACACGUGGAUGAGGGAAACGUCACGGUCCAACACGCAGCACUAAGCGCUUUGAGAAAUCUAGCUAUCCCAGUGGUCAACAAAUCUAAGAUGCUCUUGGCUGGUGUGUCAGAUGUGGUGUUAAAAUUUCUCAAGUCUGAAAUGCCUCCAGUUCAGUUCAAGCUCCUGGGAACGUUACGGAUGCUCAUCGACACACAGGCUGACGCUGCAGAGCAGCUGGGAACAAACACAAAACUGGUGGAGCGUUUGGUGGAGUGGUGUGAAGCUAAAGAUCACGCUGGUGUGAUGGGAGAGUCUAACCGUCUGCUGUCUGCUCUCAUACGACACAGCAAGUCAAAGGAUGUGGUCCGAACAGUCAUACAAGGUGGAGGUGUCAAGCACUUGGUAACCAUGGCAACAAGUGAGCACAUGAUCAUGCAGAAUGAAGCGCUGGUGGCCCUGGGUCUUAUUGCAGCUCUAGACCUUGAUUGUGCAGAAAAGGACUUUGUUGGCUCCAGUCUGGUGCAGGUACUACACAAACUGCUGACGGAUGAUCGCAGUGCACCCGAGAUCAAAUACAACUCUAUGAUUUUAAUCUGCUCUGUCAUGGGAUCAGAACCUCUCCAUAAAGAAGUGCAGAGCUUGGCCUUCAUCGAUGUGGUCUCCAGUCUACGCUCGCAUGAGAACAAGACGGUGGCCCACCAGGCGUCACUCACAGAACAGCGACUAACAGCACAGAGCUAAAAGACACUUACCCUCCAGCCUGCCUGCCUCCUAUCUGCACAAACACACACACAAUCCCUCACCGUAUCUUUCAUUGUCAUGUGCCAAGCUGUUGUCCAAUCUGCAUUCCCGGAUACAGGCCCUCAUCUCUACCCUGCUCCGAAUGAGAUGCAUUACCCAGAGGUGGCCAUACUUUGUAGACAGCCUUCUGCAAUAGAUUCAUACAUCAAGUUUUGAGAAGACCAUAGCUGUGAAUUAAAAAAAUAAACCACAUGGGGCUUCAAAAUAGAAAAAAAUGAAUUUUGGCUGUGGGAACAGGGCAGCGGGGCUUUCAUGACUUGUAAGAUUUUACAUACCAACCAAGUUGUGCAUGUUUUUUUAUGGUCCAGUUGAUGUAUCAGUGUACAGACAUUCAAGCCACACCCAUAACCUCACACUGACUCCGCCCCUUCCCCGCUUUAACGUUACCUUAUACAUUUAAAUGUAGAAAUCAAAAUGUGUUUGAGCCGUAUAGGGGACAGCAUGGACCUUACAUAUUUACCUCCUGGUCCUCAUGCCAUACAUGAUCAAUGGAGUCAUUAUACUGGAAAGAGCUAAUUUCAUAUCAUUAGUCUGUUGUAUUUAUAAAAUAGAUUACUGUACUAUCAUAAAAACGUCUUGGUACCAAGGAGCUUAGAAAUGAGAUUUCAUUUAAAGGGACGGUAUACCGCAAAAUGAAAACUUUGUCAUUUUUAAUCACCCUCAUGUGUUUAAAUCCCCAAUGUCUUUCUCUAUGUAAUGCACACGGUUACUAUGGGAGUGGAUGGUGACCGAGGCAGUCGACUCGUGCAGUAUAUUUUGUUUAACAAUUUCGUGUCUUUUUGAAGCUUGAAGAGGUGGUCAUCAUCCACUCCCAUUGUAACCAGAAACCCCAACAACACUUUUUAAAAUUAAAUGCUUUUUUUUUAAGACGUUGGGGAUAAAACUACAUGAUGAUGGUGAGUAAAUAAUGACAGUUUUUCAUUUUUGGGUGAACUGUCCCUUUAAAGGGACAUUCCACUAGUUUGAAAAUAUGCUCAUUUUCCAGCUCCCAUAGAGUUAAACAUUUGAUUCUUACCGUUUUGGAGUCCAUUCAGCUGAUCUCCGGGUCUGGCGCUAGCACUUUUAGCAUAGCUUAGCAUAAUCCAUUGAAUCUGAUUAGACCAUUAGCAUCGCACAAAAAAUAACCAAAGAGUUUCGAUAUUUUUCCUAUUUAAAUCUUGACUCUUCUGUAGUUACAUCGUGUACUAAGACUGACAGAAAAUUAAAAGUUGUGAUUUUUUUAGGCAGAUAUGGCUAGGAACUAUACUCUCAUUCUGGUGUAAUAAUCAAGGACUUUGCUGAUGUAACAUGGCUGCAGCAGGCGUAGUGAUAUUACGCACUGCCCGAAAAUAGUCCCCUGCUGUUGAAAGUAACCAAGUCAAGUUUUAAAUAGGAAAAAUAUUGAAACUCUUUGGUUAUUAUUAGCGCGAUGCUAAUGGUCUAAUCAAAUUCAAUGAAUUGUGCUAAGCUAUGCUAAAAGUGGUAGCGCCAGACGCGGAGAUCAGCUGAAUGGAUUCCAAAACGGUAAGAAUCAAAUGUUUAACUCUAGGGGAGCUGGAAAAUGAGCAAUUUUCAUAAAAAGUGCAAUGUCCCUUUAAGGGCAGUGUAUAUUAUGACGGUUCAUCUCCUACGUAAAUAAAGAAAUGACAAUAUUUUAUGAGUAACCUAAAACACAUUCCUCAUUUGGAAGUGACUACAAUAGCAUGACUGCUAAUAUGCCAUCAGCCAGGGUCUUCAUUGGGGAGCAGUGUUGUAUAAGAGGGAGUCGUCUCUGGUGUCUUAUUGGGCCUGGGCAAAAGAGGGUGACUUUGCUUGGGCCGUGUGAACUUAAUAUUGGCCCUUUAUUAAGGUAGACCCUGAUUAUUUGGGAAAGAGAAGCGUGGUACUGAUUUGAAAGGGCUGGCACAGGAUUUUGUGUUGGACAUGGUGGGCAAUCGACUUCAGAUGCCAGCAGCUACGCUACGCAAAGUAUCUGGACAACAUUAGAAUAAGAAAACACUCUUUGUGAAUGUUUGACGCUGUGGUACAGCUUUCCUUGUUUUGCAUGUCGAUCUGCGUUCUCACGUCGUCCGGUAUCUUAGAAACAUGCAUCUAUUUGCAUGUCCGAUACUGUGAAUCACUGUUAUGUGCUCAUUUUAUGUCUGGUAAAUAAGUUCUUAUUACAUUUGUACCCUUGAGGAACCACACGGGAAUUCCUUAUAUCUACAGUAACAACCUUACAAAUAUUAACUAAAAUUAUUGUUGUAAAUGUCAUGAAUUGUACAUUUGAAAGAUUUAAACUUAUUAAAGCAAUUGCUGGUGACGAUU